AUUGAAAUCGACAUUCGCGAGGCGUUGUAGUAUGUCCGCCAUUUUGGUGGAAUAUUGUGUUAAAUUUGGAGUUUGAUUUGUUACUUCUGACUGAAACCCACUUUACCUCACUUGUCUGUUAAGAACAAGAGUUAAAACAUUGAAAUGUCUGUUAGACGCCAGUUAAAGAACGUGGUAAACAACUACUCGAACGCCGAAGUAAAAGUUCGCGAAGCUACUUCGAACGACCCUUGGGGACCUUCAAGUUCCGUGAUGACUGAGAUUGCCGAUGCCACUUACAAUGUGGUUGCCUUUUCAGAGAUAAUGGGAAUGAUUUGGAAAAGACUCAACGACCAUGGAAAAAAUUGGAGGCACGUGUACAAGUCACUGGUUGUUUUGGAUUACAUUAUUAAGACUGGCACUGAAAGAGUAGCUCAGCAAUGCCGAGAGAACUUGUACGCAAUUCAAACUUUAAAAGAUUUUCAGUUCAUCGAUAAAGACGGUAAAGAUCAGGGAAUGAACGUACGUGAAAAGGCUAAACAGCUUGUUGCAUUACUGAAAGACGAAGAUCGGCUGAAGAGUGAAAGGGCGCGAGCGUUGAAAGCUAAAGAGAGAUUCGCACAAGCCAGUUCUGGCAUCGGUAGCGAUUCGGUGAAAGCCGGAAACUUACGAGACUCGGGUAGCACAUCUGAUUUGCGUCUGGGUGCCUCAGCAGCACCAGCAACUGGUGUACCAACUAGCCGCUCGUGGGAACCCGCUAGGAAAGUCCUAGGCAGCGAAAUGGAAACCUGCCGUCCGUCAAAUGCUAACGAGGAAGAAUUACAGCUGCAAUUAGCUUUGGCACUGAGCAAACAAGAGGCAGAAGAAAAAGAAAAAUUGAAUGAGAGAGAUGAUCAGCGCCUACAGAUAGCCAUCAGCCAAAGUCAACAAAUUUCUACACCUCAGGAACCAUCACCACUGGAGUUUGGAAGCAAUGGUGUUCAGGUUUCCCAGGGUACGUUUGAUCCUUGGGGUUCUAAACCAUCAGGAAUUGUAAGUGCCCACAUGUCACAACCAUCCAUAGCACAACCUUCCACUCCACAACCUGAUCCAUGGGUAAGUGGUACCAAUUCAGCUGCCACUGCUCCUACCAAUCCUUGGGGAGACAACAGUGCAUCUUAUCAGUUACCAGUAAACUCAUCACAGAAUCUUUUUGGAGCUUCAAACAACACAUCUGUCAAAGCAGUUAUGGCUGGAGGAACAGAUCCCUGGGGAACAGCCUCUGUACAGACCAGUUCAGCCACAGCACCUCCCCCAAGUGACCCAUGGAGUGGAAGAGACGUAUUCCCUGCAGAAGUGGCACCACAACCUCGAGGACCUUGGGAACCGUCGCAGCCUGAGGGUUUCAAUGCUUUCAACCAGAGUGUAACUACCAGUGGAAUUUCAAGUCAGCCACCAUUGGUACCAUUCAAUCUUGAAAGUAGAGAUGGAGUAUCUAUAAAGUCAACAGGUGGUGAGGAAUUCCUAGAUAACAGGGUUUCUAAUUUGGUGAACUUAGAUUUGCUGACAAAAAAACCUGAUCCUGUUGCCAAUCCUUUCAUGUCCAGCAAACCAGCAUCAUCAAGAUCAACUAAUCCAUUUGUACAAGAUAAGCCUCAAGCACCAACAUUGAAUCAGCUACGUGACCAGCCAGUUGCAGCACCAAACAGCACACCAAACAGCACGCCAAGUGUCAGUGGAGGAGUAUUACUACCCUUGCCUCUAAUUCCAGAUUCUUCCUCCAGACCCCAGCAAACAGUUCAAAGCAAUCCCUUCCUGUGAGAAAGCAAUGAGAUAGACUUAGUCUAGCCAAGAAGAAAGCCACUGCCUGAAGGUUCUUGGAAAAAAAAGCGGUUGAGGUUAUGAGUAAUACAAUGCAAAAAGAAAUUCAGCUUGACUGGUUUCAGAAUAAGUAAUCACCAGCAGCUUUCUUGUUAAAAAAGAAGAAUUAAAAGGAGAACAGUGAAAUUUACUGUAUGGUGUACUUUGUGAUAUUUGUUUUGUUUUGUUUUUUUAAUUGUUACAUGUACAUAUUGGUUAUGAAAUAGCUACAGCAGGAAAGUACAACUGAAAAGUAGUAAGUUUAGAAACUUCAACUACACUCUGUUCAUUGAUGAUGGUUAGCUCUGUUGCAUGCACAUUUAAACCAGGAUUUAAUAAAAUUGACUCAGAUGGAA